UCUGUUAACAUUAUUCCUAAUGAUAUUUCAGUCUGGUUUCAAGAUCUGUUCCUGCUUAAAGAACAUCCCCAUCAGUUAUGGAAAGUAACCCUGAUGUUGAUCUGGAUCCUAAUAAAGAUGACCUUCCCCUGCGGGCUAACACCAACCAUAUGCUCGUCCGACACUAUGUGCUUGACCUCACUGUUCACUUUCAAAGGAAGGUCAUUGGUGGCAGCAUUGUUCUGUUUCUGGAGCCCGCUAUUGGUUCCUGCAAACAAGGUGAACCGGGAUCUGUAUCAAAGACAGAGGCGCAAAACAUAUCUCAGGUGUCAUCUAAACAUGACGUAAGUUCUCCCAUCACACCUGAGCCAAAUGAGUUGAUACCCCCUGAGGAACCAUCACGUUUAAGUGGAGGAAAUGAUGUCAGUGAUGUCUUUUGGGGUGAUGAGAGGGAAGAAUUCACCUUGGUGCUGGAUUGUUGUGACCUGAUGGUGUCAAAAGUGGAAGAGGUGGAUGUAACUACAGUGUCUAAUUUAAAGAAACUUGACGUAGACCAUCGGUAUGCAAAGGCGGAUCAUCCGUCAUCCAGUCUGGUACAGAGACUGGUCUCUAUGCCUUCAGUCUGCUGGAGAUCGCAGCAUGAGCUAUACCUUCAGUGCAGCCGUUCCCCUACCGUCCUAAAUGCACAACCUCUACGGUUCCACAUGGACCAGUGGAGUCUUCAGGUUAGGAAGGAAGGGGUUUGCUCCCCUCAUGACUUCCCGUCUGCUGUCAGAAUCUGGUAUGAAACAAAGCCCACAGGUGGUUCUGUGAGGUGGACAAAAGACCAGGAUAGCAGAUGCUGUGUAUAUAACAUGGGCUCGCCCAUCAACAACAGAGCCCUCUUCCCGUGCCAGGAGCCACCUGUUGCCAUGUCAACGUGGCAAGCAUGUGUGAGAGCUCCGUGCGAUUACAAUGUUCUUAUGAGUGGGGAAAAUCAAGCCUUUCCUAAGCCUGCGGAGACAGGUUUUCUGCAGUGGGAUUAUUAUGUUACGAUGCCAAUGCCAGCCUCUACCUUUACCAUAGCAGUAGGGAAGUGGCUAGAGGCUGGAGUAAACAUUCCCAACUUUGAGGUGGAAAAGACAGACGAAACUUGUGUCAAAGUACCCAGCGCUGAUCAGCAAUAUGUUUGCUCCCACAUGGAUUAUCCCUGUCGCUUCAUGCUUAGCGCUGCUAGGACACAGACUGUUAUUCCUCACCGGGUAUUUGCCCCACCCUGCCACCUGCAAAAGGCAAAGGACAUGAUUCUACCCCUACUGCCUCUCUGUAUGACCGCAGCUCACUCUCUUCUUGGUGUCCAUCCAUUCUCACGUCUAGAUGUGCUCAUUGUUCCCUCAGGGUUCUCCAGUCUGGGCAUGGCCAGUCCACACAUCAUGUUCCUGUCUCAAAGCGUGCUAACGGGUGAGAGGAACCUCUGUGGGGCAAGAUUGUGCCAUGAAAUCGCCCAUUCCUGGUUCGGGCUGGCCAUUGGAGCACGGGAUUGGACGGAAGAAUGGAUCAGCGAGGGUUUUGCCACUUAUUUAGAGGAUGCGCUCUGGAACCAUGUUCAGAAGUUGGGUUAUAGAGAGGCUGAGGAGCAGAGCCAGUUAAAAGCUCUGCUACGCUGGAGGAGACUGAGCGAUGAGUUACAGAACUCUGAAGUAGAGCUGCAGGUCCUCAGGCCCAAUAAAGAGAACACAGGGGAAGUGAGCGAGUCUGGUGCGUCACUAGUGAAACAUGCCCUCAACCCAGAAAAACCCUUCAUGCAGGUGCACUAUCUGAAGGGAUACUUCCUCUUGAAGUUUCUGGCUGAUCAGAUUGGCGAAGAGAAGUUCCUGCACUUCUUCAAAGUGUUUGUGGGAAAAUUUCACGGGCAGCUCAUUCUGUCUCAGGAUUUCCUGCAGAUGCUCCUGGACACAUUUCCAGCAAUGAGCAGUCGGGGCAUCAGACUUGAAACCAUCUUUUCAGACUGGUUAGAUACACCUGAAAUGCCAGAGUGGCUGAGGGACUCCUGCUCAGAAUGGUCGCGGACUCCAGUGGUGCAAGAAGUCAAAGAAGAGGUUGCAAAAUGGAUUCACUUCAGUGGCUCUGGUGGAAAGGGCAGCAAGCGGAAAAGAUCAGGGCCCAAGGUUAACUUCAAAGAGUUGAGUCCAGAGCAGCUUGUGCUUCUUUUGGAGUUUCUUCUAGAGGAACCAAAGCUGAGUCUGUCUACGCUAAGACUCCUUCAGACUACUUAUAACCUACAGGCCCAGGAUGCUGAGGUGAAACAUCGCUGGUGUGAACUUGCGGUCAAGCAUAAACACACAGCGGCAUACCGAGACGUUGAGCUCUUUCUGAUCCAUGACCAGGCCAUGGGUGUGUAUUUGUACGGCGAGUUGAUGGUCCAGGAAGAUGCCCGGCAGCAAGCAUUAGCACGCCGUUGUCUAUCCUUCAUUAAAGAUGACAUGGACCAAUCAGCACGCAGCGUUGUGGAGGAAAUGAUCCUCUGAAUUCAGACAGAUCAGGUUUCAGAUUUGUUUGGUCUGCAGUCACAUGUUCAACUCAGGGAAAUCAAGCAGGAUCCACUGUCGCAACAAAUGACAAAUGGAAUAUGCACAAAAAAACAGUCACUGUCAUUAUUAGGGCGAUUGUUUUCCAUCAUUGCAACAAUUCAAUGUUCAAGCUAGAAGAUAUGAAAUAAAGCCAAAAUGUCAUACUUUUGUAUUGUCAGAAAGAAUUAAAAACAAAUACUGUA